UUCUUAUAAUUAUUAUUGUUUUUUCUUCUCUUUCAUAAUCAACUGAUCUAGUAUUAUUCCUGAGAGUGUGAACCAGGGAUAUCAUAAUAUGUCUGGUUCUGGUGAAAGAGGCAAGGACUAUGCAGAAGGAUCGUCAAGCUCGUCGCAGCAACCGACGACCCCGAGUCGAUACGAGUCGCAGAAACGGCGGGAUUGGAACACUUUUGGGCAGUACUUGAAGAAUCAGAGACCUCCUGUUCCACUCUCUCAGUGCAACUUCAACCAUGUCUUGGACUUCCUUAGGUACCUAGAUCAGUUUGGGAAGACCAAAGUCCAUGUUCAAGGCUGUAUGUUUUACGGACAGCCCGAGCCGCCCGCCCCUUGCACCUGCCCUCUCAAGCAAGCUUGGGGCAGUCUUGAUGCACUCAUAGGCAGAUUGAGAGCUGCCUACGAAGAGAACGGGGGAUCGCCAGAGACGAACCCUUUUGCCAGCGGUGCAAUUAGGGUUUAUUUGAGGGAGGUGAGGGAGUGCCAAGCCAAGGCGAGGGGAAUCCCUUAUAAAAAGAAGAAGAAGAAGCCGAGUCAAAAUAAGGGAACCAUUGAAGAAUCGAGUAGUAGUUCACCGAUGCAGUUUUCAACUCCUUAAUCGUUAAAAAGCUGUUUCUGUUUGAUGAUCACAAAAAUGGAUCGAAGACGAUGCAUCAAAAAAAUGAAAUUGAACAGAAGGAAAACUUUCUUCGAUGCCUAAAUUAUUAUGUGUUGAAGGCUGAAACUUUGACGUUGCUUCCACCUUAUUCUCUACAUAUAAUUAUUAUAUACAUAUCAUUACAUUGGUAAAAACUAUAUUAAGUUUGUGUAUACAACUGCUAUAUACAACCAUAUGCAUGCAUGCCCUUAUUACAUUUGUUUUAA